AGUGGCCAAUUGGGAGAGGGGAGGGGCGAGCCGGCGCCGCCGAAGAGCCAAUGGCAGGUGCGGGGGAUGACGCCACGGACAUGGUGGCCGAGACCGGCGGGGUGGGGGACGUGUCGCGCGGCCGGGUGGCCUCGGUCGGUAUCCUGGGCGCGGAGCAGCUGCCUCAUUAGUAUUCGUACCCACGAGGCGGCGCAGCGGGCCCUCGGGGAGAGCGAGCGUCGCGGCCAUGGCUUAUCACUCGGGCUACGGAGCCCACGGCUCCAAGCACAGGGCCCGGGCAGCCCCGGAUCCCCCUCCCCUCUUCGAUGACACAAGCGGUGGUUAUUCCAGCCAGCCCGGGGGAUACCCAGCCUCAGGAGCAGACGUGGUCUUCAGUGUCAAUCACUUGCUUGGGGACCCAAUGGCCAAUGUGGCUAUGGCCUAUGGCAGCUCCAUCGCAUCCCACGGGAAGGACAUGGUGCACAAGGAGCUGCACCGUUUUGUGUCUGUGAGCAAACUCAAGUAUUUUUUUGCUGUGGACACAGCCUACGUGGCCAAGAAGCUAGGGCUGCUGGUCUUCCCCUACACACACCAGAACUGGGAAGUGCAGUACAGUCGUGAUGUUCCUCUGCCCCCCCGGCAAGACCUCAACGCCCCUGACCUCUAUAUCCCCACGAUGGCCUUCAUUACUUACGUGCUCCUGGCUGGGAUGGCACUGGGCAUUCAGAAAAGGUUCUCCCCGGAGGUGCUGGGCCUGUGUGCAAGCACGGCGCUGGUGUGGGUGGUGAUGGAGGUGCUGGCCCUGCUCCUGGGCCUCUACCUGGCCACCGUGCGCAGUGACCUGAGCACCUUUCACCUGCUGGCCUACAGUGGCUACAAAUACGUGGGAAUGAUCCUCAGUGUGCUCACGGGGCUGCUGUUCGGCAGCGAUGGCUACUACGUGGCGCUGGCCUGGACCUCAUCGGCGCUCAUGUACUUCAUUGUGCGCUCUUUGCGGACAGCAGCCCUGGGCCCCGACAGCAUGGGGGGCCCCGUCCCCCGGCAGCGUCUCCAGCUCUACCUGACUCUGGGAGCUGCAGCCUUCCAGCCCCUCAUCAUAUACUGGCUGACUUUCCACCUGGUCUGGUGACCCCCUGGCCCCAGAUGGCACUGAGUUUUUCAUUCAUUGAAGAUUUGAUUUCCUUGA